AUGAAGUACAAGCGCAUGCCCAUCGAGAUCGAGUCGCCAGAGGAGUACGGCUACGAGAAGAUAAAGUACAAUCUUUCCGAGAGCUCUGUCACAGAUGAGACCAUCGAGUCUCUAGGCCUCCAGGUCCCAAACCUCACCCUUCUCUAUAACGAGCACCGAGGCGGACGUGCACUGCGGAAGUUAAUCGCCAACGAUGCCAACGUUGGCCCCGACGAGGUCCUCAUCACCUCGGGCGCCGCUGGUGCCCUAUUCAUCAUCACCACAUCGCAGCUCUCCACUGCCCCCGGCCCUGGGUCCGAGCUGAACCACCUCGUCGUUGUUCGGCCCAACUACGCCACGAACCUGGAAACCCCCAAGGCCGUAGGCUGCGAGAUCUCGUACAUUGACGUAAAUUUCGAGUCAGGGUUCCAGCCUAACGUCGACGACAUCGAAGCGGCUAUCAAGCCCAACACUCGCCUUGUCUCCGUAACGUGUCCGCACAACCCUACCGGCUCUACCUUGUCUCGGGAGGCCCUUGACCGACUCGUCACAAUCACCAAGAACAAGAACAUCCUCUUGCUCGUGGACGAGACGUAUCGGGAUAUUACCUUCGGCGAGAAGCUCCCUGUAGCAGCCUCCCUAGGGGAGCAUGUUCUGAGCGUUAGCUCAUUGUCAAAAUCGUUCGGAAUUCCCGGAAUACGAAUUGGGUGGCUGAUCACCACAAACAGGGAACUCCAAGAAACCUUCCUGGCAGCAAAGGAACAGGUCAGCAUCAGUGGCAGCGUCAUUGACGAGUGGAUCGCCACCCAGGUUCUCUCGCGGAGACAAGAGAUUCUGGCUCGCGAGGACCUCCUGGAAUGGGUUAAACCUGCCGGUGGUGUUGUGUGCUUCCCGAGGAUUAAGAAAGAGCCUAAGGGCGGACUGCCUGCGUUCUAUGACAGGCUGCUGAACCACCAUGCAACAUAUGUUGGUCCAGGUCACUGGUUCGAGAUGCCUGAUACCUUCUUCCGGCUUGGAUUUGGCUGGCCAACGCGUGCCGAGCUGGCGGGUGGUAUGGAGGCUAUCUCGGCGGCACUACGGGAUGAAUAA